GCUUUAAUCCUCUUCACCCAAUCAGCUCUGUGAAACAAUCAUUACCAAACGCGCCCUAACGACUCCCUCCACGAACUCAUUGUGAAUUAAUAAUGGAGGCAGCAUCCGAGGCCCAACCGUGUCUGCGAUAUUAGAAUUACGCGAUAACGCUGUUUCCGAUCUACAUACUUCUUCCAGAAACUCUAGUUAUAUUUUUACCAAUCCGUCUUUCUCGAUCCAGAUCUCGGUGUCGAUCUCGAUCUCUAAGCGAUCAAUCUAUAGAUAUAAGGUGGUUCGAAUUUCCUCUUGGAAAAUCUCCAUGGAUUCGCAUCCUCAUGAGCAACACACAACCCACGGCCACAAGCACCAACCUUCCAAAUCCGAGCUGAUAUCCAGUGCCAAGGUGAUCGCAGAGGCGGCGAAAGCUGGGCUUCACCAUGAGACCAACAAGAUUGACAAAGGAAAGGUUGCCGGAGCCGCUGCCGAUCUGAUGGGUGCCGCCUCCUAUUACGGCAAGUUAGAAGAGAAGGGAGUCGGGAAGUAUGUGGAGAAGGCCGAGCAGUAUCUUCAUCACUACCACUCUUCACAAUCCUCCUCCACUAGCACCACCACCACCAACAAUUCCGGCCAUUCAACGACGACAACCUCCACCCAAUCACAUUCACAUUCAAGUGGUGGUGGUGGGAAUCACAGUGAGAGUGGUGGCUUCGAGGAUUACAUCAAAUUGGCUCAGGGCUUCUUGAAGAAGCACUGAUUUCUUCUGCUGGGUGUGUCGUUUGCUUAAUUUUUCUUGUAAACUACUCAUUUGUAUUGUAUGAUUGUAUCUCUCUGUCCAAACCCAAUUUAGUUUUUUAAGUUUUUUGUUAAUUACUCUUUUUUAAGAAAUAAAUAGACUUCUCUGGGUUUGGAAAUCAUCGAUUGUGGCAAUUGGGUAUCCUUGGGUUGGAUAGAGAAGAUCCUGUAAGGAGAAAGGGGAGCUUGAAGAAACAACCCAAUUCCAUCUAUUUCCCAAUAAUUGCAAUUCUUUGAAUUCUUCGAAUA